GGAGCAACUGAGAAGAGCGGCAAGAAGAGCCGGAGGCUGUUUUCUUCGCUGCGGCCGUGGAAGGCAACCCGGCGGCUGUGGCGGACGCGCUCGGCUUCCAAGGCGGCGCAGGGUGCCUCGUCUCCAGACAUGGAGCCCAGCUAUGGAGGAGGUCUCUUUGACAUGGUGAAAGGAGGUGCAGGGAGGCUCUUUAGUAACCUAAAGGACAACUUGAAAGACACCCUCAAAGACACAUCUUCCAGAGUUAUACAAUCUGUUACCAGCUACACGAAGGGAGAUUUAGACUUCACUUAUGUUACCUCCAGAAUUAUUGUGAUGUCCUUUCCUCUGGACAGUGUUGACAUAGGAUUCAGAAAUCAGGUUGAUGACAUUCGAAGCUUUUUGGAUUCCAGACAUCUUGACCACUACACGGUGUACAAUCUGUCGCCCAAGUCUUAUCGAACUGCCAAGUUUCAUAGCAGGGUCUCAGAAUGCAGUUGGCCCAUCAGGCAGGCCCCCAGUCUGCACAACCUCUUUGCUGUGUGUCGGAAUAUGUAUAACUGGCUACUACAGAACCCCAAAAACGUCUGUGUUGUCCAUUGCUUGGAUGGACGGGCAGCAUCAUCAAUUCUGGUUGGCGCUAUGUUCAUUUUCUGUAAUCUCUACUCUACUCCUGGCCCAGCCGUUCGGUUACUCUACGCAAAGCGACCAGGAAUCGGACUUUCGCCAUCCCACAGGAGGUACCUGGGCUACAUGUGUGACCUCCUAGCAGACAAACCCUACCGCCCUCACUUCAAGCCUCUCACUAUUAAGUCGAUCACUGUCAGUCCAGUUCCUUUUUUCAACAAACAGAGAAAUGGAUGUCGCCCUUACUGUGAUGUACUGAUUGGAGAAACCAAAAUAUAUACAACUUGUGCAGAUUUUGAACGAAUGAAAGAAUACCGUGUCCAAGAUGGAAAAAUCUUCAUUCCCUUGAGCAUCACUGUGCAAGGAGAUGUGGUUGUUUCCAUGUAUCACUUGAGGUCAACCAUUGGAAGCCGGCUACAGGCUAAGGUGACCAACACUCAGAUAUUCCAGCUUCAGUUUCAUACUGGAUUCAUUCCACUGGACACAACAGUUUUAAAGUUCACCAAGCCUGAGUUGGAUGCAUGUGAUGUACCAGAAAAAUAUCCUCAGCUAUUUCAGGUGACUCUGGAUGUAGAACUACAGCCCCAUGACAAAGUGAUAGACUUAACCCCCCCAUGGGAACAUUACUGCACAAAAGAUGUCAACCCCAGCAUCCUCUUCUCUUCUCACCAGGAGCAUCAAGAUACUCUGGUCUUAGGAGGACAGGCUCCAAUAGACAUCCCUCCAGACAACCCCAGACAUUUUGGGCAAGGUGGCUUCUUUUCCACUCUCUGUUGGCAAGAUCAGAAAUCGGAGAAAUCAUUCUGUGAGGAAGACCACGCUGCCCUAGUGAAUCAGGAAAGUGAACAGUCGGAUGAUGAACUUCUGACGCUUUCCAGCCCACAUGGCAAUGCCAAUGGCGACAAACCUCAUGGAGCCAGGAAGCCCAGCAAAAAGCAGCAGGAGCCAGCUGCCCCUCCACCCCCUGAGGACGUGGACCUUCUGGGUCUAGAAGGGUCUGCAGUGAGUAAGAACUUCUCUUCACCGGCGGCCCUUCCCACCAAUUCCGAACUUCUGAGUGACCUGUUUGGGGGUGGAGGUGCAGCCGGCCCUGCCCGGGCUGGACAGUCAGGGGUGGAGGACGUGUUUCAUCCGAGCGGACCUACAUCUACCCAGUCAACACCGCGCCGGUCCACCACCUCCACCUCCGCGUCUCCAACACUGAGAGUAGGAGAAGGUGCCACCUUUGACCCAUUUGGAGCACCUUCUAAACCAUCAGGUCAAGAUUUGCUGGGUUCUUUUCUGAACACAGCCAGUGCUUCCAGUGACCCCUUUCUUCAGCCUACGAGAAGUCCUUCACCUACAGUGCAUGCUUCUAGUACACCUGCUGUGAACAUUCAGCCAGAUGUUUCAGGAGGUUGGGACUGGAAUACUAAACCAGGAGGUUUUGGAAUGGGAAGCAAGUCAGCUGCCACCAGCCCAACAGGCUCGUUGCAUGGUACUCCCACCCAUCAAAACAAACCCCAGACUCUGGAUCCUUUUGCCGACCUUGGGACAUUAGGUGGUUCAUCAUUUGCCAGCAAACCCUCCACACCAACUGGAUUGGGUGGAGGAUUUCCACCUCUCAGCUCACCACAGAAAGCAUCUCCCCAGCCUAUGGGUGGAGGGUGGCAGCAGGGAGGUGGCUACAGCUGGCAGCAGACACAGUCUAAGCCACAGUCCAGCAUGCCCCACUCCUCUCCCCAGAACCGACCCAACUACAACGUGAGCUUCUCAUCCGUGCCUGGGGGCCAGAACGAACGUGGGAAAGGAGCAGCUAACUUGGAAGGGAAACAAAAAGCAGCUGACUUUGAAGACCUACUCUCUGGUCAAGGUUUUAAUGCUCACAAAGACAAAAAGGGCCCUCGAACAAUAGCUGAGAUGAGAAAGGAGGAAAUGGCUAAGGAGAUGGAUCCUGAGAAAUUAAAGAUUCUGGAAUGGAUUGAAGGCAAAGAGAGAAAUAUCAGAGCACUUCUGUCCACGAUGCACACCAUGCUGUGGGCUGGGGAGACUAAGUGGAAACCAGUUGGCAUGGCAGACCUGGUCACACCAGAGCAGGUGAAGAAGGUGUACAGGAAGGCUGUGCUGGUGGUGCACCCAGAUAAAGCUACUGGGCAACCUUAUGAACAAUACGCAAAGAUGAUUUUCAUGGAGCUCAAUGAUGCCUGGUCUGAAUUUGAAAAUCAAGGCCAAAAGCCCUUGUAUUAAUUUAUGAGCUUUUCCAUCUCUGCUGCAGACCUGUGCUAAUGCUUAAUGUGUGUCACAGUUCUGAGGUUUUCACAGGUGAACCAAAAAACUCC